ACUGCUUUUAUUUUGACACCUCGGUUACGUGACCCGGAUGUAGUUAGCCCGUUAGCUAGCAACCGUUGUGCGCAUGCAAACAUAAAGGCGGCAGAUGGUGACGUCCCCUCUGGAUGCUGAUAUCCUGCACAGGACAGCACAUGUGGCCCCUCUGACAUCCAGGUCCCAUCUCAUGUGAACCCUCUCAGCACUGAAACCAUGUCCAGUCAGACAGGAGGCACUCCCCCCUCACUACGUUUCGGCCAGGUGGUCAUUGGACCCCCAGGCUCAGGUAAAACCACUUACUGCCAAGGUAUGCAGGAGUUCCUGACUCACCUUGGACGCAAGGUGGUUGUGGUGAACAUGGACCCAGCCAAUGAAGGACUGCCAUAUCCCUGUGCAGUAGAUAUCUCAGAGUUGGUCACUUUGGAUGAUGUCAUGGAAAAUCUGAAGCUUGGGCCCAAUGGUGGGCUCCUCUACUGUAUGGAGUACGUUGAAGCCAAUCUGGACUGGUUAGAAAACAAGCUGAAACAGCACAGUGACUGUUACUUCUUGUUUGACUGUCCUGGACAGGUGGAGCUCUACACCCACCAGAGUUCAGUGAAGAACAUAUUCUCACAGCUGGGAAAGUGGAAUUUCAGGCUGGCAGCAGUGCACCUCGUGGACUCUCAUUACUGCGCUGACCCAGCCAAGUUCAUCUCUGUGCUGUGCACCUCCCUGUCCACCAUGCUACAUGUGGAGCUUCCUCACGUCAACGUCCUCUCCAAGAUGGACUUGAUUGAGCAGUACGGCAAACUGGCGUUCAACCUUGACUUCUACACAGAAGUCAUGGACCUGAACUAUCUUCUUGAUCACCUGGCUGCGGACCCCUUCUUUAAAAAAUUCCGCCAUCUAAAUGAAAAGUUGGCAGAAGUCAUACAAGAUUACAGCCUCGUCUCCUUUGUGUCUCUCAAUGUACAGGACAAAGAGAGCAUGAUUCAGGUCUUACGAGCAGUAGACAAGGCAAACGGCUACUGCUUUGGAGACCUGGAGGAGAGGAAUCUGCAGGCCAUGAUGUCAGCUGCUGUGGGGGCAGACUUCCAGUUCAACUCUACUCUUGGAGUUCAAGAGCGGUAUGUUGAAACCAGCGGAAGGACUGUGGAGGAGGAAAUGAUGGACCAGUAAAUUGAAACGCCCAAAUAAGGGCCAACAUCCAUAAUAAUAAGGACAGAAGCUGGUCGUCUUUUUAGCACCAGUAUAUCAGGAGAGUCUUGGCAACAUCCAUCUCACUUGGCCUGAAUUGUGAGCCGCUCUACAAAAGCGGUGGAGAGACAGGAACUAAAUUUGGGUUCUGUGGAUCCUUAAGGUUUACACCACACCUCAUAAAAAAUUACAAUGAGGACGACUGAAGGGAGCAAACGCUGAGCUUUCUUUCAGAGAAAUCAAAGAGUGAUGUGAUUAAUCCUGCUUUUUCACUGCUGUCGACACAUUUUAUUAAAAUGCAUCAAAUGUAAAAGCCCCAGUUUAGUUUUUGUUUGAGUGCAUUAGAUGUUUGAGCCACCCGUACUGUUGAGGAAAGCCGGGCGCAGCUCUUUAUUCAUGCUGAACGAAUUAACUGAAAAUAUAAAAUGUUUGUUGCUACUUAUUUUAAAUUGUAGUGCAUGAAUUAAGUCUUUGUUUUUCAGUGUUUCAGUUCUAUAACUUGAUGAAUAACAUCAUGGCAGAGAUAAAACAGAAGACUUGGACUUUCCUCGUGCAUACCCUCCUUCCGUGUGCAUAUAUUAGUGAGGAGGGUGUCUGACAGAAGGAUACAGAGAACAAACAACAUUUUUCCCUUGAUAUACUGUGGAAUAUAAUGGAAGUUGACAGUCGGCAGUGCCUCUGAGAUGCAAGUGCAAUUGGUGAAUUUGUGUGUGUGUGUGUGUGAUGGAGGGAUAAAUAUUAAAAUGAAUACAUCUUUUAUGUUAAAGAAGAAACAAAAUAAUCUUACUGUGCAACCAUAUUAGUUUUAAAAAUGUCUUGAAAGACUGAUAUCCUCGUUUUGUUAUUGUAACCGAGCUUUUUCAAGGCUUUAAAUAAAAAAACUACUUAUUUUGCAA